UGUUAUACCGCACGUAGAAGGCAAUUGGCCUGCCCAUGUCUAUCUGGAGUGUAAGGCCCACCCAGCAUCACCUCCGAACACACAAAGGGGUCCGUCUACCUCUACACAUCUCCCUUUCCCGUCCCUUGACCUUGCGGGCGGAGCACAAGGACGACUUCGAGGCUGCCCUCCGAAGAGCUAUCUCUACUAGCACAGUGCAAGCGUUCCACUGCCAGCUGGAUGCAAUACUCUGGCAUCCUAACGAGAGCGGCACGCGCUGGUUCUUGGUCCUCCGAACGAAGCCUCGGGAGAAGGACGAGCUCGGCAAGCUACUCGCGGCUUGCAAUGGCGUGGCUGAAGCAUUCGGGCAGCCGUUACUGUAUGCCGAGUUCAAUUCGCGUGAGUCAGGCGAUGAGGCUAGUAGAGAAGGCAAUUUUCAUAUCAGUAUUGCAUGGGCUCUCAACCCGCCGUCAUCGCGUGAAGGGCGGAAGGAAUCAGUCACUGGCUCUCCUCCAUCAUCGGUACAGCUCACCGCUGAGGCGAAAGCGUUACGGAUCCCGUUUACGGAGAUCAAGUUGCGGAUAGGUCAGACCGUGAUGGUGAUGCCGCUACCAGCAGCAAGGAGUAGGGGAACAUUGUUUGCCUGAAGCUUUAUGUAGACGUUAAUGCUGCAGAUUGUCAGCGAAGAACCUUGACGUCCACUGGUUGAUUGAUUGGCGUUGAAGCAAUUGUUCGCAGGUGCAUCUUGCUCUAACUCUGACUUCUUCUCGACAUGCUUCGCAAUCAAGCUUC